AUGGCCUCUCUCUGUUUCCAGUCGCCUUCCAAACCCAUUUCCUAUUUCCAACCCAAAUCGAAACCAUCGCCGCCGUUAUUCGCCAAAGUCUCCGUCUUUCGAUGCAGAGCUUCCGUACAAACCCUCGUCGCCGUCGAGCCUGAGCCCGUUUUCACCUCCGUCAAGACUUUCGCGCCGGCGACCGUCGCUAAUCUCGGACCAGGCUUCGAUUUCUUAGGAUGCGCCGUCGACGGUCUCGGAGACCACGUGACUCUCCGCGUGGAUCCUUCCGUUCGUGCCGGUGAGAUCUUAAUCUCGGAGAUCACCGGAACCACAACGAAACUCAGCACAAAUCCCCUCCGGAACUGCGCCGGAAUCGCCGCCAUUGCGACGAUGAAGAUGCUAGGGAUCCGAUCGGUUGGUUUAUCGUUGGAUUUGCACAAAGGCCUUCCUUUAGGGAGCGGUUUAGGUUCAAGCGCAGCUAGCGCCGCCGCAGCCGCUGUGGCGGUUAACGAGAUCUUCGGCCGGAAAUUAGGAAAUGACGAAUUGGUAUUAGCCGGAUUGGAAUCGGAAGCUAAGGUUUCCGGUUAUCACGCCGAUAAUAUCGCACCGGCGAUUAUGGGAGGAUUCGUUCUGAUUAGAAGCUACGAACCUCUCGAUCUGAAGCCGUUGAGAUUCCCGGCGGAGAAAGAUCUCUUCUUUGUUCUAGUGAGCCCUGAGUUCGAAGCUCCAACGAAGAAGAUGAGAGCAGCAUUGCCUACAGAGAUUCCGAUGGUUCACCAUGUGUGGAACAGUAGCCAAGCAGCUGCUUUAGUCGCGGCGGUGCUAGAGGGAGACGCGGUGAUGCUUGGGAAGGCGUUGUCGUCGGAUAAAGUUGUUGAGCCGACGAGAGCGCCAUUGAUUCCGGGGAUGGAAGCUGUGAAAAAGGCAGCUUUGGAAGCUGGAGCUUUUGGAUGUACGAUUAGUGGAGCUGGACCAACGGCUGUUGCGGUGAUUGAUGUGGCGGAGAAAGGAGAAGCGAUCGGAGAGAAGAUGGUGGAAGCGUUUUGGAAAGUUGGACAUUUGAAAUCUGUUGCUUGUGUGAAGAAGCUUGAUAAGAUUGGUGCUAGGCUUGUCAGUAGCAUCUCCAGGUGA